UCCAUUCUCCAGUCGAAAGCUUCAUUGCGUCGACUUUCUAUACUUCGUUAAGGCCUUUUUUUUUUUAAUUAUUCAUUUUUCCAUUUGCUUUCUCAUAUUUUUUUUCUCCGUCGUUGCGCUGCGGUUGCCCUUGCCUACUCUUCGCAUUUCUGAUUUUCUUUUCAAGAAAAGAGGAAAAAACGGAAUUGAAAUCGAAGAAGAUGACGGUGAUGGAUUUGGAUCAGUGGAUAGCAAAGGUUAAAGAGGGACAACACUUGUCGGAGGACGAGCUCCAGCUUCUCUGCGAAUACGUGAAGGAAAUCUUGAUUGAGGAGUCAAAUGUGCAGCCUGUCAAUAGUCCAGUGACAGUUUGUGGUGACAUUCAUGGCCAAUUUCAUGAUUUAAUGAAACUUUUCCAAACCGGAGGUCAUGUGCCAGAGACAAAUUACAUUUUUAUGGGAGAUUUUGUGGACCGUGGAUAUAAUAGUCUAGAAGUUUUCACUAUUCUGUUGCUCCUAAAAGCAAGAUACCCUGCUAAUAUUACACUACUACGUGGAAACCAUGAAAGCAGACAACUAACCCAGGUGUAUGGAUUCUAUGAUGAAUGCCAGAGAAAGUAUGGAAAUGCUAAUGCAUGGCGGUAUUGCACUGAUGUUUUUGACUAUCUAACACUGUCAGCUAUUAUAGAUGGAACAGUACUAUGCGUCCAUGGUGGCCUUUCUCCGGACAUUAGAACUAUUGACCAGAUUAGGGUCAUUGAAAGGAAUUGUGAAAUUCCCCAUGAAGGGCCCUUCUGUGACCUCAUGUGGAGUGACCCUGAAGAUAUUGAAACAUGGGCAGUCAGUCCAAGAGGAGCAGGCUGGCUCUUUGGAUCCAGGGUUACUUCUGAGUUCAAUCAUAUUAACAAGCUUGAUCUAGUUUGUCGGGCCCACCAACUAGUGCAGGAAGGCCUAAAAUACAUGUUUCAAGAUAAAGGACUAGUUACUGUAUGGUCUGCACCAAAUUACUGCUAUCGUUGUGGAAAUGUAGCAUCAAUUUUGAGCUUCAAUGAGAAUAUGGAGAGAGAAGUGAAGUUCUUCACUGAAACUGAGGAAAACAACCAAAUGAGAGGACCCAGGACAGGAGUACCUUACUUCUUGUAGUUGGAUAGUAGUGCUUGGUUUAUUGAUAAUGAGAAUAUUUUUAAGAGGUGGUGGUGUGAUUUUCCCGGUGGGGAUUACGAAGAAAAAUGGUAAGAAUGUUUCUCAAGUGGCGAGGAUGGUAAUUCUCAGAAGACGGCUACGCACCUAGGUGAUUAUUAGGCCGAAAUUGCAUUUGCAUAGUUUGUGUUGUGUAUUAGAGAUGCUUGGAGAUUGUUACUUUUCGAUCUUUAUAAUUAAAAAAUAUGUAAGAUGAUUGGUACGUUGUUUCCAUAUGUGAGCUAGACUAAUUGUUUGCCUUUGUGGCUUAGACUAAUAGUUUUCCAAAGCUUUGGUUUUAGGCUGGUGAUAAGUUGCCUAUAGGAGAGCAAUAAUUUCUUCUUCAGUGACCAAUGUUUUGUUGUUGAUCUUAUCAUUUUGAGAGGAUCCAUAUCUGGACUUAAUUUCUGUAAAGUUUCGAUUGUUCAUUGUUA